AUGGAUCAUCAUUGCCCUUGGGUGAACAACUGUGUGGGCGAGGCGAAUCAAAAGUAUUUCGUUCUGUUUACGAUGUACAUAGCGUUGUUGUCAUUCCAUGCGCUUUACUGGGGAAUAUGGCAAUUUGUUCUCUGUGUUGGAAAAGAAUGCACAGCUGCAGCAAUCUUGGUCCACCAGGACAACACUUAUGCUGUGGACACGAAGAUCGCCAUAAAGUGA